AUGAAGAAGGGCGAUAUAAGUAAACUUCAACGUCUAAUGGCUACCAAGCAGUCGAAUCCAAAAAAGAAGAAGGAUUUUCAGAAGCGCCCGAAACAACGAAAAAAGAUCGAACAGCUUCACCCUCGAAAAGACCGGGAUUACUUGGAUGUCAUGAUCAAGAGUUCUAUGUUUCGGUUUCUGAACGAGAAGCUGUACACUUGCACCAGUGAUGAGGCGCUCAACUUGUUCAAUACAGACAAACAAGCGUUCGAUAUUUACCACUCCGGUUUUCAACAUCAGCUCUCACAAUGGCCAUACGAUCCGCUACAGUGGGUUGUUGACUACCUUAAAUCUUGCGAAUUAAAUACGGAAAGAAAAGUUCGUCUUGCUGACAUGGGAUGUGGUGAUGCGCGCUUAGCUGGGCUCUUAGGAGAGCGGUUCAAAGUUUAUUCGUUUGAUCUGAUCGCGGUUAAUGAUAGUGUAAUCGCAUGCGAUAUGGCUCAUACGCCGCUCAAUUCGGCCCACCUGCACUUUGUGGUCUUUUGUCUAUCACUUAUGGGCACCAAUUGUCGGGAUUUCAUAUACGAGGCCAACCGCCUGUUGAAACGCAACGGUGAAUUGCUGAUUGUUGACGUUGCCAGUCGCUUUGAAGGAGCUUUUCCGGCCUUUCUCAAGAAACUCAAGCGCUUCGGCUUCCAAUGUGAAUUCUCGGAGACGACAGAAGACACCUACUUCGUCCGAGCUCGACUGAGGAAAACAGAGGAUUGCACGCAUACUCCCGUGUCCCAUAUGCCCGUACUCAAACUGAAUCCAUGUGUGUAUAAAAAACGCUAAUUUGUACUGCAUAUAACUUACUGACUGUAAAUACAACAUGGCAAUUCUUCUCUGUUUCUGCGUUCUGCUGUGUGAUUCCAAACUUACUUAUACUAUGCUUUCUCACGUUAAAGCCCUUCAAUGCGGAGCUAUGGAAACGGUAAUUGCUCAUGUGCGUGAAGGUAACCUACAAGAAGUUCGUCUGUGGUUGGACGACAUUGAAAACGAUGUGAAUCAGGGUGACGAGCAUCGAUUCAGUUUGCUUCAUUGGGCCGCUCGUGAAGGUCGUCUGGCGGUGGUGGAUUUGCUGGUAAUGCGUGGGGCGCGUGUGAACGCGACCAACAUGGGAGAUGACACGGCUUUGCAUUUAGCCGCUUCUCAUGGACACAUCGAUGUGGUGCACUUUUUGCUUAAGUGCCAUCGCUUCAAUGUUGAUGUGGCGAAUGAGCAUGGUAACACGCCGUUACACUACGCGUGCUUUUGGAAUCAUUUGGAAAUCUCUGAGCAUCUAAUUAAAAACGGUGCCAGUUUGAUGCAGGAAAAUAAGUAUGGUGAAACUCCAUUGGAAAUAGCCCGCCCACGUGCGGCAGCACUGUUGGCCCCAUUAGCAGAAGCACUCGGUCAUGACUUGUCUCGCCGCAAACCUUUUCGGGAUACCAGCUGGAUUGGAACAAAGACGAGGGCGCGCGAUGCUACCCUUUAUCGGUUAGAUGGGGAGUCGUGGGAUCCACGAGAAGUUGAACUGACAGGGGCGCUUGCAGAUGGACAUGGUGCUGAAGUACUGAAAGGUUCCUUCCGUCGUUGCCCUGUUGUAGUUAAAAUGCUGAAAUUACGCAAUUGCACGAUUCGGCAAGCCAGAGACUUCAAAGAGGAAUUUCCCCGCCUUCGCAUUUUCAAUCAUCCCAAUAUUCUUCCCGUGCUUGCCAUAUUCACUGCUACUCCAAGACUGUGCCUAGUCAGUGAUUACAUGCAGUAUGGUAGUCUGUACGACGUGCUGCAUCAACCUAAUGAACCCAAUGUGGACGGGACCGUGAUGGGCGUGGAAAUCAGUCAACGACAAGCUUUACGUUUUGCGGUCGAUAUCGCUAAGGCUAUGGAGUAUCUGCAUAGUCCCGAACUUAAGGUUCCGAAUUUUCGGCUCAACUCAAAGCACGUCAUGGUUGACGAAGAUAUCGCUAAAGUGGGCCUUGUGGAUUUUGAUGGAAAGGAGAAUGCUGGUGAUUCCCAGGCUUAUCGUGAUGAAUUUUUGGUCGCGCGACUGGACAUGGCCGACUACAAAUUUUCGUUCCAUGAGAAGGCACGCGAAUACAACCCGGCUUGGAUGUCUCCCGAAGCACUUCAGAAAAAGGCCAGUGAGAUCAAUCUUGAGGCGUCAGAUAUGUGGAGCUUCGGUGUGAUUCUCUGGGAACUGGUUACUCGCAUGGUUCCUUUCGGAGGGAUGAAUUCAAUGGUUGUGGGAAUGCAGAUUGCGACGGAAAAUCUUCGUCUCCCAAUCCCUCCCCAACUAGACGCACGUGUCGCGCGUCUGAUAGAACUCUGUCUGAAAGACGAUCCUGGCAAGCGACCUCGAUUUGACAGCCAGUUAAUUCAGCUUUUGGACAAAAUGCGUGAGCGUGCUGGUCAGUAGGAUUUUCACUCUUUCACACACGCACACACAGGCGCUUGGCAUCCUUUAUUUUACUGUUCUAGCAUGCUUUUUUUCUAUUCCCCGACACUUUUAACCGCUAUUUGUUUUUCUCUUGAUGCCUGUCUUUCGCCGCAUUUGUCUGCAGCUUUCUUUUGUUUUCGCUUAUUCUUCUCCUGGCUAAUGACAAUUAUACUUGUCAGUUUGUACUUUAAACCGUGCGGGCUUCCUUUUUACUUCACGCUGUUAGCAAUCUAGCUGUCUAUAAAAGUAUUUUUCUCAUAAUUGUCUGGGUAAUUUCUAAGCGCAUGUCACAGAAGAAAUACAUUACCU